AUGAGGAUCACAGAAAUAAUCAUUGACGGCUUCAAAUCGUACGCUGUGCGUACAGUGAUUUCAGGAUGGGAUGAAUCGUUCAACUCAAUCACUGGCCUAAACGGCAGUGGUAAAUCCAACAUUCUCGACGCCAUCUGUUUCGUGCUCGGGAUCACAAAUAUGAGCACAGUUCGAGCGCAAAACCUCCAGGAUCUCAUCUACAAGCGCGGUCAGGCCGGCGUUACCAAAGCGAGCGUGACAAUCGUUUUUGACAAUAGGGACACCGCGAAAUCACCGAUCGGGUUCGAAGAAUAUGCGACCAUCUCCGUUACGCGACAAAUUGUUCUCGGCGGGACUAGCAAAUACCUCAUUAACGGGCACCGUGCCCAACAACAGACCGUACAAAAUUUAUUCCAGAGCGUGCAGUUAAAUAUCAACAAUCCAAACUUUUUGAUUAUGCAGGGACGGAUUACGAAGGUGCUCAAUAUGAAAGCGGUGGAAAUCCUGUCGAUGAUUGAGGAGGCGGCCGGAACAAGAAUGUUUGAGGAUAGGCGGGAAAAGGCGGCGAAGACGAUGGCUAAAAAGGACCUGAAAUUACAGGAAAUUGAAGGUUUAUUAAAGGAGGAAAUUGAGCCGAAACUCGAAAAACUGAGGGCUGAGAAGCGAGCUUUCCUUGAUUUCCAGCAGACACAGAAUGAUUUGGAGCGAUUGACCCGCCUUGUGGUUGCUCAUGACUAUCUUAGGAGCGGCGACCGACUCCGUGCUUCUGGCGAGGAAUGCGAGAAAAAGAAGCGAAAGAUCCAGGCACUGGAAGAUAACACGGCGAAGCUCAAGAGCGAGAUAGCACACAUGGAAGAAGAUGUAAAGCGGGUCAAGGCGGUUCGGGACAAGGAGCUACGCAAAGGGGGAAAAUUUCAGGCCCUUGAGGAUGAGGUCAAGGCUCAUUCUCAUGAGCUAGUCCGUUUGACGACUGUUUUUGACCUCAAAAAGGCGAGUAUCGCUGAAGAGAAGGAGAAGAGCAAAGAGCUCCAGAAGUCAGUGAAGGACCUCGAAACAUCACUCAAGGAGAAAAAGAAGAUAUAUGAUAAACUGCAGGCAGAAUAUGAUGCGGCGAAAGCGGAACUUGAUGCACAAACAGCCGAAGUCGAACAGAAGGAGGAGUUGCUCCAGACUUUGCAGACCGGUGUCGCUUCGAAAGAAGGCCAAGAAAGCGGAUAUCAGGGUCAAUUACAGGACGCCCGGAACCGUGCGAGCAACGCCGCUACAGAACAAGAACAGGCGAAGCUCAAGAUUGCGCACUUGGAAAAGAGGAUCAAGGAGGAAGAACCGCGAGCCAAGAAGGCUAAGGAGCAGAAUUCAGGGCUUCUAAAAGAACUCGAAGGCCUCAAGUCUCAGGCCAAGAAAUUGGAAUAUGAGCUCUCGAAGUUAGGUUUUGAGCCUGGGCGCGAGGAGCAGCUAUAUCAAGAACAGAGCGGGCUCCAGAAAGAAAUCCGUGAAUUGCGCCAGAGAGCUGACGGUCUUCAGAGAAAGGUUGCCAAUAUCGAAUUCAACUACUCUGAUCCCUACCCGAACUUUGACCGAUCCAAGGUCAAGGGUCUUGUAGCCCAGCUUUUCACUGUGGACAAAGAGAAGCUCCAGGCUGCUACAGCUCUGGAAAUCUGCGCUGGCGGUCGCCUGUAUAAUGUCGUUGUUGACUCUUCCGAUACUGGUACGCAGCUUCUUCAAAAGGGAAAGCUCCGCAAGCGUGUGACCAUUAUUCCUCUGAACAAAAUUUCUGCCUUCCGAGCGUCUGUAGAGAAGAUUGGGGCUGCGCAGAACCUCGCUCCAGGAAAAGUCGACUUGGCUUUGUCGCUCAUUGGAUAUGAUGAAGAAAUUACUGCAGCCAUGAAUUACGUUUUCGGCAACACUUUAAUUGCCAACGAUGCUGAGACAGCGAAGCGGGUGACCUUUGAUCCUUCUGUUCGUAUCAAGAGCGUUACUCUUGACGGUGAUGUCUAUGACCCGUCUGGUACACUCUCCGGUGGUAGCGCGCCCAACUCCAGCGGCGUGCUUGUGACCCUGCAAAAGCUCAAUGAGAUCACAAGAGAGAUUCGAAGCAAGGAACGGGUACUAGCUGCGUUGGAAGAAACAAUGAAGAAGGAAAAGAAGAAGCUCGAUGCUGUCCGCUCCAUCAAGCAAGAAUUAGACCUGAAGAAUCACGAAAUCAAGCUCACGGAGGAGCAGAUUGGUGGCAACUCAUCUUCUUCGAUCAUUCAAGCUGUGGAAGAAAUGAAAGCGAACAUUGAACAGCUAAAGCAGAACAUCUCUGACGCAAAACUGCGCCAAAGCGAGGCAUCCAAGGAUAUCAAACGGAUCGAGAAGGACAUGAGAGAGUUCAACAACAACAAGGAUAGCAAGCUCGAAGAACUUCAGACUACCCUGAACGCUCUCAAAAAGAGCCUGUCGAAGAAUUUGACUUCAGUCAAGAACCUGCAUAAGGAGCUCCAGGCUUCCAGGCUCGAGUCGGAGCAAGUAGGGAGCGAUUUGUCGGCAGCCGAGGAGCAAUAUGCUGAAAGCGAAAGCACGUUGAAGGCUCAACUGGAGGAGGUAGACUCGCUCAAAAGAGAGCAGGCUCGGAUCAAGGACGCACAUGACAUCGCCCAAGCGCAUCUCGAUGACGAAAGGGCGAAAUUAACGGGUUUUGACGACGAGCUACGGGACCUUGAACAAACGAUGCAGUCCAAGAACUCUCAGAUCACUGAGGAGGGCUUGGAAAUGCAGAAACUUGGGCAUCAGUUGGAAAAAUUACAGAAAGAGCAGAACGCCGCCGAGCAGGCAGUAGCCCACCUUGAGGCAGAGCACGAGUGGAUUGCGGACGAGAAGGACAAUUUUGGGCGCCCAAACACGGUAUACGACUUCAAGAACCAGAACAUAGCCGAGUGCAAGGCUACACUGCGCAACGUCACGGAACGGUUCCAGGGCAUGAAGAAGAAGAUCAACCCUAAGGUCAUGAACAUGAUUGACAGUGUUGAAAAGAAGGAAGCGGCCUUGAAGAACAUGAUGAGAACUGUCAUUCGUGACAAGAGCAAGAUUGAGGAGACCAUCAUCAACCUGAACGAGUAUAAGAAGGAAGCUCUCCACAAGACGUGGACUAAGGUCAACGCUGAUUUUGGCCAAAUCUUCUCGGAGCUCCUGCCCGGCAGUUUCGCCAAGUUGGACCCUCCUGAAGGCAAGGAUAUUACCGACGGUCUCGAAGUCAAGGUGUCUUUGGGUAAAGUGUGGAAGCAGAGCUUGACGGAAUUGAGUGGUGGUCAACGAUCGCUCAUUGCCCUCUCUCUGAUCAUGGCUCUCCUGCAGUUCAAGCCCGCACCAAUGUACAUUCUCGACGAGGUUGAUGCUGCGCUGGACUUGUCCCACACGCAGAACAUCGGCCGUUUGAUCAAAACUCGCUUCAAGGGGUCACAAUUCAUUGUCGUCUCACUUAAGGAUGGCAUGUUCCAGAACGCGAAUCGGAUUUUCCGGACAAGAUUCAGCGAAGGUACAAGUGUUGUACAGGCUCUCACGCCGGCGGACUUGAGGUAGCCUGACUAGUGGGACUCGGCAACAGCUCGCUUUUUUCGUGUUAAUAUUUCUCUUGUUGCUCUCGGGUUGGUAUGGUGGCAUCUGGGCUAAUGCUGGUGUUCU